CAAGUAUUUAGACGUCAUUCUCAAAUGGCCAAAUACGUCAUCGGUAGAAGCUCAACCUCCUCCUCCUCCUUCCUCUCUCUCACCUCCUCCUCCUCUCCUCUCUCACCUCCUCCUCCUCUCCUGUCUCACCUCCUCCUUCAUGUGUCACCACCUCCUCCUUCCUGCACAUCGCUUAAACCAACAACAACAAUAAUCCAGCGCCUGCUGCACCAUCUCACCACCCUCGACUGAGGCCGGCUUCGCUACCACCGCCGCUGCAGUACACACAACAACAAAUACACACUCACGACAACAAGUACAUACACACAACAAGUACACACACACAACAAGUAUAUAUACACACACACAACAAGUAUAUACACACACACAACAACAAGUACACACACAGGACAACCAGUACACACACACAGGACAACACACAUCACAGGACAACACACACAUCACGGCACGUCUCAUUCAGCGCUGCAACCAUGUCCGAUGACAUGGACACGAGCGACUACAAUACACAAGCGCUGGGUGGGGUCAACUUCACCACGGAUGACCCCUUCGGGGAGAGCGGAGAGGACCUGUGGCCCCCUGACUACGAAGAGGAAGAGGAGGAGAACGACAUUGCCUAUGAGGGCAUGGACGAGUCGUCCGCUGCUGCGGUGCAGGAGGAGGGAGUGAUGGCCGAGUCAGGGAUUGACGAUGCCUCUGAAGCCGUGGAGAUGAGCGACAUGGACGGAGAUGCUGCAGUCGCAGACAUAAACCCCUCGACAGAGGAAUGCCUUAAUAAUAAAGUGCAAGGGCCACUGAUCGGAGCCCUUUUGGAGAAUUUGGCAGCGGAUAUGCCCAUAUUGGGCCUGAGUUUUCUCACCGAGCACCAAAGUGGGGACGGAGCUUUCAAACAGCCGCAUUAUGUGUGCGGCUUGUGCAGUCCGGAAGGUUACAUGCUCAUGAAGCCAACUGUGGAUCAUAUCCGUGGGUUCAAGCACAUCUACAAAUACCUGAAUACUUUCUACCCAAUCAAGCUGACCACUGCCGAGGUUGACAGCAUCAAGACGGCUGAAAACAUAAAGAAACUCAUGCCGGUAGCUAAGGAGGUGAUGGAGAUUGAGGGUUGGUCACUUGAGCAGGUAAACAUAAAUAAAAUGACAGCAAAAGUUGUGGAUGAAAAUGGUCACCCACCAAAAAUAGUGAAGCUAGAAGGGAAAGGUUUUCAAGAGCACCUGGAUGCCCAGGACAAAUCGGAGCCUUACCUAGGCUUGGAAUUAAUCAUGGAACAUCGUAACGGCAACUGCCCCUCUCAGUCCUACUUUUCUUGCGAACUUUGCAAUGUCUCUUCAACCAUGUUCAACAUCAUUGUUCACCUUAUCAGCGUCAAGCACAGAAUGAAGUAUAUACGAACCUAUCAUCCGGACAAUGACAUUGCCGUUCAAGCGGAAAUGUCAAAGACUGAGAGGGCAGAUGUGGUACGGAAAGAAGCUGAGCGGAUCAUAAAAGCUGAGGGGCCCAAGACAUUCAAAUUGAAAAUUGAAAAGGGCGACUCAUUCAAGCCGCCUGUUUGCUUCCCCAAUGUAGACAGCACCAAAGCCACAAAGAGAUCAACAGAAGUGAAGGAGACCCUGAAGACUAAAGUGACCCAGGGUGGCCAGGGUCUCAACAACUGGUCAUUCCCUGGAACGAUGGGAAGCUACACGGGGGAUCUUUGUCUCUGUUCUGGAGGAGGGAUGCCACGCGGUGGGUUCGCGGGGCCCGGGGGACCCGUCGGUGGACCGCCUGGGCGAGGGAUGCGUGGACGAGGGUUCGGAGCGUUCGCAGGCCGCGGAGGGCCUGCAGAGCGCGCUGGGUUCUCGGGCCGUGGAAUGCUCGGAGGGCGGCCGUACAGCAGAGGUCACCCGCCCGGGCCUCACUCACAUGCCAACUCCUGGACGAAGUACAGACACGACCCGGAUAUGUAUUAUUCUGACAGAAACAACUACGACUGGCAUGAAUUCGGGCCAUCACCUAGGAGGAGGAUUACCAACCUGGAUGUUCUGAACUCGCUCGUGAACUUCAAGAUCUGUGGGGAAGAAGAAGCAAGUGUGGCCCUGAAGGCUUCUAACCUUCUCGCACAAGCGCUGUUGCAAUAUCGCCUCCACGACAACCACAUGAAGGAUGGUUUCGUGGAUGCCCGUGCAGGCAAUAAGCUUCACAGGCAAAUCCCCUCGUUAUUGAGGGGCUCUCCGCUGAGAGGCUGCGCACCCAGGAUGGGGCAGCCAGGAUUCAAGACCCGGGACUUCCCAUCGCCACGCCAAAAAGUCUACAACUCUGGCUACACUUCAUUUGAAAACUACAGACCAUACUAGGUCAUCGGAAAUCUCCCGUCCCUUGACCUACAGCCGUUGACUUCUUCUUUGUUUUUACAUAACUCCCCGAUAACAAUGCCAUGUGCUAUGGCUUUAGACAUUCCAAUCCACGUCAUGUAUGCCAACUUGGCGGAUAUUAAAUUGUACACACCCAUGCAAAUGCAGUAAACACAGAGAUCUUAAUGCCAUAGGUGUUUGCACCGUGCGUGUAUUUGCUAAAGUCCGCAUACAGAACCUAACAGUGGCUGCUGGUCUUACGUGGCAAUUAAACAAGUUUACAACAGUAUGAAGAACAGAGGGGAGUCCAGAAUCGCAAGUAGGUUUGAGUGGAAAUCUCAUUCAUUAUUGAUGUUGAUAGAAGUUUUAUUAAAAUCAGCUGGUCUCUUAUACCCCUUAUCCACUGCACAACCAAUCCGUGCCGAGUCAGCUCGGCACAUGAUCAAAGAGGCGCCAGUGUUGUUUUUUUCCACUGCAGAACCCAAGCCGUGAACACUAGACUCCACGCGCAAUUAACGCUGAGAUACGUGCAGGCGAAGCAGUGGCGCUGUCUUCACAGUGGGCCCACGUGCAUUAGGCCCCGCGACUGGCCCUGCUUGGCCCAAAAAGCCAGAUGUCUGGUGAGGCCCAAAGUAUCGUGGUUUGCUUCUGGUUCCGCGUGGAAAAAAAGUCAGUGGAAAAAGCCACGUGUUCUGGUGAGGUCCCCCGCGCUGGCUCGGGCCCAGAUGUGCCGGUGGAACAGUGGUAUAAGGGGCUUUGUGGGGCAUGGGCAAGUGUUGGGGAUGCAUCACAUUUUCUGUAUUUGUGUACAUUGCGUUUUCCAUCUUUGUUCUAAAAUCAUAUUGAUUUUAUUGGCUACAGGAGAUGUUAUUAAGUUAGAUUUUACUGACCUUUCAAAUAAGCCACGGUUUAGUGGUUCAUUGACCCAGCUUAAUCUCCUUCAGUGACGUGCUGAAGAGGUCCUCGAUCUGGACGGUGUCGGGGGAUGACCGCAGUCCUAUUGGAAGACAAAAAGCAUAAACCCCAGACAUUGUUGACAGUGGCGUAAUAUUGAAACUUGUUUUUGGGUUCAAAUGACAGAUUUAAGUUAUUGAAAUGACCAUAUUUUACUGGGAUGUGAUAUAAUGUAUCUGCAUAGUUUGUUUUGUAUGUUGUGGCCAGUCCCAAUUGUACACACACACAUACGUAUAAUACACAUUGGCAACCGCACAGUUCAAAUAACCGUACACCAGGGGGAGAUGGGAGCUUCUUUUUGGGUGAUCAAGUGGAAUAAUAUUUUGCAAUCGGAUAAAUGUUAAAGAGCUGGGAACAGGAUACAUUUUUGAACCUAUGUGGAGUCCAUGAAAAUUGAGGAAAAAAAGGAAACCCUGGAUUAGCCAUCUACAAAUGUCUUGGUACAUUUUUAGCAUGAGGCUAUGGGUGACGAUAUCAAAAAAUGAUGAUGAAGGAUAACUAGAAUGCUUCGCCAAUUGGGAGCCAGUUAUUUACGACGGUUUUUUUUCUCUCGUCCUGCUGAGUUGGGUCUCUGCGGCUGUGUCGUGCAGCUCUGCGAUCUGUUUUUUUUCCCCAUACCGCGCAUGUCGUUCGGCACGAUGUCCGAAAGUGAAUCGAUUCGGUUGAACAUCACGAAUUUGGGCAACUUGCAAAAAACAAAAACAACGCCAACGGAGAGCUGUUUACAGCACUCCGGCGAGAGACUCAACGCGGCCUUUGUGUAACGACAUGCCGGUUUACGUUGGUCCCUACCGCCCACGAUCUGCGCGUCGAAAUGGCGUUCGUGUACCGCCCUCUUUUUGAACCCACCGCUGGAGCGAGGGACUCCCAACACUGCGUGGAUCGUGAGGGUUAUCGUGUCGAACAGCACAACGCCACAACCUAAAAACAUUCGGGAGAGUUAUUAGCAAUUUUUUUUAAACCACAUUUUCCCCCACAGUAUGAAACGUUUUAUUUUUUAAACUUUAAUACAGUGCUGUGGUCGAGCAGUUUCCCUGCACUGAAUAACGACAACAGAAAUGUGUUUUGCGAAUACUGCGUUUUGGUACAUUUUAUGAAGGUUUUCCAAUGUUUUCGAGUAGACGUGUGGGUCUUCUAUCUUACAGUUUGUCUCUGAUUAAAGUUACUUGCAGGCUUUUGGCCUCGCAAAUUGGUUACUUCUCAACGUUGAUGAUAUACUUACGGGAAGUCUAAAAAUCAUCAUUUUAGUUCUCCAUGGAUGGCCUGUGCUGUGUUCUCUUGACGUUGCAUCGGUAAGGCAUUGGGGUCCUUGGGAUGGAAUGCGCAUUAUAAAUUUGAAUUAUAAGUACUGUACAUUUGAAAUAUCGACAACUAACGAUAGAUGAAAAUAACCUUUUGUUUUUUUACAUACUGCUUAGUUGUGUAUCGAUCACAAGAGGCUGAAGUCAUUACUUGUAAUAAGGUGAUCUCACAUUUAUGACAUCACUACAUUUACAUUGCAAAUGUUGAAACCCUUUUACAUUUGAGACCCAUUUUCCUGAAUUGUACAAAAUAUAUCCAGUUUACUACAUUCACAGACCUUUCAAAUUCACGUUUUAUGGUUGAGGUGGUUACGUCAUAUAUUAUUGCACAUACAUGUCAAGAGGUCUGCCAUACCAGAGAUUGUGGUAAAAGUAGAUGGUUGUGUAUGUUGAAUUGUCUAUGCUUAGUUGUGUUUCAUGCUGGUUCUUUUGCUGUGAUUGUGUUCUGUGCAUUGCUCACGCUCAGGUCUUCGCGCCUUUCCCCAACUGCGCUCUGUGCUUUUAUCGUCGUCAUCACUGGACAUUUAUACUUUGCCUCCCGUAGAGUGCAUGCGGCAGAGGGGAGCCACCUGGGAGGCAUGAAGUCGACGCAGGAACAGGACGGCAAGCGGCCAUUAUACAUGUUGCAGUGUGGCCUCCCAAUUAAGUAAUUUGCAUAUUAUUUAUAAAAUUUUGUAGCGUGUUCCGGCACACAUGGCCUACUCACUUUUUUUUGUAUGUCGUGGGGUCUCUUAAAAGCCCGCGGUCAAACAGACGCAUGGUUAGUAAACCCGCGAGUUACUAACCAGGGAGUUCGCUUGGCUCGAACCGAUUUCAUCGUUCAAACUCUUCAGUCGAUAUCCCCUCGGGUGUAUUCCCUCCCUUGGAUGGUACUCUGUCGUAAGUCUUGACCGCUGGCCAGGUAAAGCCCACUUAAAUGUCUCGUUUCUCUUAAUGGUAUGA